GCACCGCGGAGAGCCGCCGGCUGGCCCGGUGGCCCGGAGGGUGGGUGGCCCCGGUGGCCCAUGGCGAGCGUGGGGCAGGGCGAGAAGCAGCUCUUUGAGAAGUUCUGGCGGGGGACCUUCAAGGCGGUGGCCACGCCUAGGCCGGCCAGCAUCAUCGUCGCCGGCAUCACCGCGCGGAGGCCGCUCACCAGGAACGAGACUUCCAGCUGCUUGUCCUACCCGGCGAAGGACGGACCCGCCACGGUCCUUAGCCAGAGCCCAGACCCGGGGAGUUCCAGCAUCAAUGGCGACUGUCAGAGGGCAGAGGACGUUCAAGACCUCGCUUGCUCCAGAGGACCCCAUGCCUCCACCAACGAGUCUUCCACUCCACCACCGUCCUCCCGGAGCAAGAAGAAGAAAAAGAAAUCCACGCGGAAGAGGAGAAGGAGGUCUCCUUCCUACAGCCCUUCCCCAGUCAAGAAGAAGAAGAAGAAAAGCUCCAAAAAACGCAAGCGAAACAGGUCCUCCUCCAAGAAAAGAAGACACAGAUCUCGGAGCCGGCCCCGAAAAUCGCAUCGUCGGCAUCGCCACCACGCCCGGUCCGACAGCUCUGAGUCCCGUUUCUCCAGCUGCUCCAGCAGCAGGCCCAGAGCCAGGUCACAGGAAGGAAGGCGGAAAUCCAGAAGGAGGCAUUCUCGCCACGGCUCCCGGGCCAUCCGAAAGGGAACCGUGAGCCCCAGGACCCGUCCCGGCCACCCCAGGACCCAAACACUUCAGCUCUACAAUCUCUUCUCUGCCAAGGAUGUCAUCUCUCAGCCGGGGUUUUCUGCUGACCUCUUUACCAAAACAGCCAACCAGCUGGACACCCUCCCCGCCGCGGCCGGAGGAUCCCAAGAGUACGACUCAGGAAACGAUACGUCCUCGCCUCCCUCCACGCAGGCCAGCUCGUCCCGGUCGAAGGACGGCCAGGAGCCGAGGGUGAUCGGGAUCCCCCACUCCAGCGGCCCGGGCACCUCCGGCCAGCGGAAGCCGGUCGACAACGGUUCGGAUUCCGGCCACUCCUUCACCACGUGCUCUUCGCAGACCAAGGGAUCCUCCGCGGACGCGCUCUCUCCGGACGCCCAGGGGCGCCGUCAGAGAAGGUUCCCGUCCCCGUGUCCCGGCUGCUCGGAGCAGAAGAGGGCCGAGCCGCUCUCCUCGCCGGCCCGGUGCUCCCUGACGAGAUCCUCCCGCUCCUCCAGCCGCUCCUCCCCCUCCCCGCGUCACAGCUCCUCCCGCAGCAGAUCCGUCUCCUCCUCGGGGAAGAGGUCUUACUCCCGGUCACCCAGCUACUCAUCCAGGCAGAGCCCAGAAAGCAGGAGCUCCAGAACCCGACGGAGCCCCAGUUACACCUGCUACAGUCCCACCAGGGAUCGAGAACGCGAGCACAAGUAUGGCUCCGGGGAGCAGGAUUCCCACCGGGAACGGGAGAGGCGGAGGCGGCGGUCCUACUCCCCCAUGAGAAAGCGCAGGCGAGACUCCCCCAGCCACCUGGAGGCCCGCCGGAUCACCAGUGCCCGGAAACGGCCCAUCCCCUACUACCGGCCCAGCCCCUCGUCCUCGACCAGCACCGGCAGCUCCAGCCCCUGGCACAGCAGGCCGAGCCGCUCUCCCAGCCGCGGUCGCAGCCGUCCCCGCGCGGGCCGUGGCCGCAGUCGGACCGCCAGCAGCAGCAGCGGGGGCAGCAGCGACGGCAGCAGUACCGCCGGCCGGACCGGGACCCGGAGCCGGACCAGGAGCCGGAGCUAUGACAGCGUGGACAGCUAGGAGAGCGGGGGUCGCUGGGGGGCCCUGCCCUCAGAGGCCCCGCCAUCCUCCAUCCCCUGCCCGCCCCCGCUUCCCCAGCGCCCCGGAAUCACAGCCUCUCCCCUUCCAUCCCGGACCCAGAGGGACCCUCCACCCUGGCAGGCGACAGACCGGACCCCCCAGGGGACCGGGAGGCCGGCUGCGUCCUGUCCCGGUACCCGACAGGAGGAGGAGGAGGAGGAAGAUAUGCCCCUAGUCCCAGCUUUGGAUGCCCCCAGGGGGCCACCGUCCAGGGGGUCUCCUCUCUCCCAGGAAGCGGGCUCCUGGUGGGGAUGCAGGGUGGGCAUCGGAGAUUCCCCUGGGGGCUUUCUGCCCCUCCCCCCCCCAGCUUCUCCCUCCUGCACCGUCCUUUUUAUCCCCAAUCUCCUUGAGCCAGAGGAGGCCGCUGCCCUGCGGCCCCCCUGAUUCUGGUCUCCAUCCCUGGGGGAACCCCAGGAAAGGCCGAGAGGUGUCUGGGGUGAGGAUGGGGGGUUGGAUGAAGCAGGGACCCCAGGGGCCAGGGGAUGGUCACCUCCUCCUCCUCCUCAUCCUCUUCCUCCGCAGAGGUCCCACAGGUUCCAGAGGCCAUGGCCAGUAAGAUCGGGCCUCCCGGAACCUCCCAGCCAGCAGUCACAGGGCUGUGCCGAGGCCGGGGGAGGCUGGGCAAGUCCUAUCAGUCAGUGAUCACUCUGGCUCCAAAGAGAGAGGGGUCUCUGCUGCCCAAGAAAAUCGCUUCCGUGGCCAAAGUCUCCCGGGGGUCCGGCUUGGCGCUCAGCCUACCAGAAACCCAGCCAAGAGGCCAGCAGAAAGCACUCCCCCCGCCGCCCAAAGUCUGCGAUCUCUGAGCAACCCCCUCCUCUAUUCUCUCAGCCUCCUAGGCCCAAGUCCCGCCAGGGCCAGCCCAGUCUUUUUGGCACAGACUUUCCCCAAGCGUCCCCCGCCGUAGGUCCAGGUUUCCCAGCAGCAAUACGGACGUAGCCCAUCUGAGAUCCGAGGGGUGGGAAGGAAUCUCCCGGGAUUUCUAGGGUCCCUAGGAGCCAGGGGAAGGAUGAGCAGAGCACAGGCUCCCUCGGGUGUCACCAGAAACUGUGGGAGGUUGGGGCAGGGAGAGGAGCCAGCGGAUAAGUUCCAGAGAAGCAACAUGGCCCCGUGGGUAGAGCCCAGGCCUG